CGUGUGUGUGAUGUGUGUUGACCCCUAUAAGAGCAGACAGAUGGUAUGAGCCGGUAGUGUUGAAAGCGGAGCAGUGCGCGCGCGCGUUGUUUGUUGUUGUUCCCGGUGUAACAGUUUGACGCAGGUUCCGGUUUCCCCCGUGUUUAUUGCCCCGUGUUUAUUACCCCCUGUUUAUUGCCCCGUGUGGCUGUGCUGAGGCGGACCCGCCAUGGCUCUGCGCGGCAGUGUGGGGGCCUCGGCGUUACCCAGUGAGCUGAUCGUCCACAUCCUGUCGUUCCUGUCAGAGCGCGACAGGCUGCGGGCCUCCGGUGUGUGCGCGCGCUGGCGGGAGUGUGUGUUCUACCCCGCGCUGUGGGGCGGCCUGAAGCUGCGCUUCACCACCGGCGUCGCCUCGGGGCCCGGACACGGCUCGGGAUCGGCGGCCACACCGGAGGACGACACGCCGAGGCUCGAGUUCCUCAUGCGGCGCUUCGGGGCGUUCGUGCGGGACCUGAGUCUGGAGUUCGGGCCGCUGGACGCGUGCGGAGGAGAACCGCAGUGUCACGAGCGCUGGAGAACCGCAACUCUCACCUACCUGCAGCACGUGCAGUGUGUGUUCAGUCACCUGCGGAACAACAGGAACCUGCAGAAGCUCAGUGUGUACGGAGACACCUUCGUUCUUCAGGACGAUGUUCUGCAGGACGGCUCUUACCUCAGCCAGGUCGACCAGGGGGGCAAGAAGAUUAAAGAAAUUCAGCAGCUGUUUGAGGACGUCUUGUCUAACAGUAGACAGUUGAAGUGGCUCUCGUGCUCCUUCAUGCCAGGUGUUUUGACUCCACGCUCUCUGUCCUCGUUGUCUAACCUGAGUGCUGAGACCCUGCAGCAUCUGAGUCUCCUGGAGCAUCAGACCUCCAACCUGUUUCCGUCCUCAGAGCUGCAGCGCUUCUCUAACCUGCGCUCGCUCUCCAUCGAUUACUGCGACUUCUCCUCCUCCAUGUGCCAGCUGUUGGCAGACGACAACCGAGCGCCGCUGUUACGUUUAUCUCUUCUGCUCAACGGCGCCACCGUGGAUUCCCGCUCUCUGGACGGCACCGCGACCGAUUCGGACCUGAAGGCACUGACGAGGAGAAACUCAGACCUGCGAGUGUUCCUGAUGGUGCUAGACGUGUCUGACGAUGUGCUGGAGAACGUCCUGAAGCCCAGCCUGCCUGUCGAGCGGAUCCACGUGGACAGUUACGUCACGCCGCUUAGCGACGCCAUCCUCGAGCGGGUCUCGCUCCAGUACCACAAAACGCUCACACACUUCAUCCUGACCAGAGACGACGGACGAUUCCCCGACCUCAGCGGAAACAGAAACGAGGACCCGCUGGUGCUGCUGGCAUGGCGUUGUGUUCAUCUCUCUGUGCUCAUCGUUCACGGUUACACAGUGUGGUCUCACAACCUGGUGGCCAUCUCUCGUCUGCGUGGUUCGAGUCUGCGCGUCCUGGUGGUUUCUGAGGAGAGCAUCAACUUCGACCCGGACCAGGCGCUGUUCUCUAAGGGCGACCCGGUGCAGACGCUGGUGAAGGAGGUGUCGCAGGGUCUGGGCCGCGCCUGGCAUCCCUCCAUCGGCAUGGAGAACAGCGCCACGGAGAUCAACGACCCCACGCUGCAUUUCCACUGCGAGAUGCAGAGCUUCAGCGAGAACAUCUAGAUAUUCUCUCUCUCUCUCUCUCUCUCUCUCCCUCUCCCUUUCUUUUUUCCUACUGUGUGUUAUUGCUACGUGUGUUGGUUGGUUCUGUUGUUCCCUGCGAGCUUCUCUACAAGCUCAUUUACAUAUUAUCUCACACUCAUGUUUAUGGUAGUGUGUGUGUGUGUGUGUGUGUGUGUGUGUGUGUGUAUGAGCUACUGUCAUCUUUAGUGAUCACCUCCUUUAUUAUUUCCCUUAUUCCGUUCCUCCACUGUGAGGCAGAACAAUCCUAACUUUUCCUUUUAUGCUUUGCUGCUUUUCCUUCUGGAUUUUCUCUCGGUUUCUCCCCCUCGCGGUGCGACGUAACGCGACGUAACGCUCCGUAUGUGUUUGUGAUGCCGGUUACGUCGUUUAUUUCCUUUUAUUUCCUGUGUGAAUGAAUCCUCUGUAUUCGUAUGUGCCGUGUUUAACCAGUAUUAUUAGUGCUAUAUAUUUAUAUUGCUCUAUAUAUCCUGCUUAUGGAUAGUCGCCUAGAACAUUAGUAGCUUGCUGAUGAAUGGACGCUGGAGAGGGGCUUUAUUAUUAUUAUUAUUAUUAUUAUUAUUAUUAUUAUUGUUAUUAUUUUUUUAAACGCUUCGUUCCUAAAAUCUCGAUCUGGAGUUACCUCAGACUAUCAGCUCCGUCACGAUCAGGCGAGACGAGUCUUCCAGCUGAGUGUGAGAAGCUGAGAGAUGAUUGGCUGGAUCCUGGCAGCCUUCCACUCUGUUCAUCACUUCCUGUUGGCUAGAUUUCUCAGUGAUGAUGAUGAUGAUGAUGAAGGUUUUUUUUUUUAUUUUGUUUUUUUAAUCAUACACUUUGGCUUCACAAAGAGUCCUUUAGCACAAAAUCAGGACUCUGUGUCUCAGGUAGGAGACGACGAUGAGGAUGAUGAUGAUGAUGAUGAUGAGGUUACACUGAAGGUUUUCUGGUCGGUUUGUUUUUAAUUAGAUUCUCCUCCUGAGGUCUCAGGUCACAGGAUCUCAGGAUCUCGAUACUUUCCCUCUGUGGGCGGAGCUGUGAUGUUGGAGCUCCACCCAUUUUGUGUGGUGUUUUUUUUUUUUUUUUUGUUUUUUUUUUUUUUUUUUUUUAUGGGCUUUUUCUCUCUCUCUGCUGUUUUAAAGCUCAUCCAGGGAAACUGGAGACAGGAACGUGGCCUGCUCGGUGUUUAGUUCAGAUCGUGUGUAGAAGGUGGAGCCGAGCCUUCCUGAGGUGCACUUGUUUUACACUCCGUGUGAGUGAGUGACAGAAGGACGCGUGUCAAUGCUUCUCUCGGCUCUCGCUCGUCGUGCGCCGACGUCUCGAGCUCUCACCGGGUGUCGUUCUCCUCGGCUGAGAAAGACACGGAGCCGGAACGAGGAAACUGUCUGUCCGUGUUUCAGCAUCCCAUCGUGCUGCCAAAAAACCUCGAGAUUACGAUAUUGUGUGACCGAAAUAUCACGAUCCGUCGUGUAGUCGUAUAAUCAGUCGUCAGCACGUGCCUAGAUGCAGGAAAAACCUGUUUUUAUAUUUUGUUGUUGUAAUCUCAAGGGUGUAAGGCAAGACAAGGUGAAUCCUGCAGUGUGUGUGUGUGUGUGUGUGUGUGUGUGUGUGCAUGAGAAGGAGGAGCCAUUUUAAACCCUGCAUGUGCAUUAGUGUGUGUUUACCUGAGCGUCAGCUUUCUAUUUUAGUCUCAUACCAAAAACCUAGAGAAGUGUUUCUAUAUUUGUACAUAAUUAUUUUUCCUUGAUAUUUUUCGUGUUGGUGCGAGUCGGAGGGAGAAGAACGCUGAGAGCACUGAGGUGUCUGUGCUGUGCCUAAAUCCAGACUAGCUUUCACGCUUGUGUUUGUGAGUAAUGUGUUACUGACAUAGCGUAUUUAAAGCGUAUGUGUGUGUGUGUGUGUGAGAGCAGGAGGCGUGAACCACUUUUUCUCAGCGGUGAACAGGUAACGGCCGUUCUCAGGGUGCGUGUGGGUAAAAGCGCAGGUUUCGCUCAGGCCUCUUUAACAUGAUCACGAUCUCGUGUUCAGAAACCGUCAGCGUGUCGUUCAGCGCGUAAAGGACACGACGGCCGUCGUCACGCUGAUGUGAUGGAGCGUGGAGACGUCUGGAGCGGAUGGUUAAGGUUGUGUUUGUAGUUGAGAGGAGAUGCUGAGAGGAGAAUGAGUCUGUCGUGAUGUAUCGUGCAUCGGUUUAUCAGCUGCUACUGAUGCAAAACAAAAAGAAAAAAAGCGAGUCACUGGAAUUGAAUUUUCUCGGCUGCCAAAGAUCUCAGAGCCGCCUCGCCUCGCCUCGCCUCGGUGCGUCACUUCUUUCCCGCCGCUCCGGGGUUCGGGUCGAGGUGCGCUGUGGUGUGGCGUCUGUGCUGUGGCGUGGUUAUUAUUCCGGGUUAACACCAGUAGAUCUCUCGUAUAUUAAUGCACCUGUUUUCACUGUGAAGAGCGAAUGUACUUUAACCCGAGGUCCUUCUAUCAGACCUGCUAUAAGCUGCUAUGAGACGUGUAAGGAACAUUCCACUGGGGAGUCAAUAAAACACGGCCAAAUGUCUGCAUGAAAUACAGAUUUCCUUUCUCUUCUCUUCUCUUCUCUUUUUUUUUUAUUUCCUCUGUAUUUUUUUCCUGGUUUGGGUCUGAGAGUCAGCAGGCGACUGGGACUGGACCUUUACAGUACCGGUGCCUGAGUUCGGUCAGGUUUAGAGCAGAUUAGUUUUCUUCCUUAAGCAGUUAAUGGGUCUUUUUCGUUUAGGUGGCGUGUGUUCGGGUGCGUAUUGACCUCACACCAGCCAGAGAGAUGAGAACGCUGAGGUCUGGGGCAGAUGAAGCCCUCUGUAAAGGCCCUCAGCUGGUUUAGUGUUUCAGCCACAACAGAACAAACUAUGCAAGUGGAAACGUGUACGAUCCGUACGAUGCAGACGAUCCGGUGGCUCUUAACCUUAUUUUCUUUCCGUCACUUCAACAAAAACGUCAAUUCCACUUGGCCUUAUUCUUCUUCUUAUUCUUAUUAUUAUUAAUAUAAAGACUCUUAUUAUUGUUUUAAGAUCUCGAUUCUUCGGAAGCCGACUCCGUUCCGUGGGUUCAGACGUGGUCUCUGUGAGACUGGCCAGCAGGCCCCAGUUAUUAAUAUGUGGUACGAAUGUUGUGCAUUUGUUUAAAAUCAGGAUAGUCUGCAAUAACGCAGUGGCCAUCAGUGGGGCGUGUGCAGUGCUACCACCAGGCUGCGCUGCUUCUAAACGUCACAGUGCGGAGAGGUGUCGCCGUGUGCAGCGUUAGACUUUAUAUCGCAAUCUUCAUUACGAUCGUUCUACAAAUAAACACUUUACGUUGCGUCUGAAACAUUAAAAGUUACUUCUGCUGUUUCAUGGUGACCUUCAGGGUGGAGCUGAAGUUCAGUUUGAUCGUCCAGUCACACCGUCAUGUUCCAUCAAUCACACGAUCGUGUCCUUACCUCGACUUCAGCUAGAGCGUCGCACACAGGUCCAACUUUUAUGGCACACAAGUCAUUAUUUACCGUUGUAACCUAACGUAGCGACAAAAAACUACAAAAACUCAUUUUACUGUCAUUUAAAACUGGCGUAUUCAUCGUCAAGCCUAGUGUUAAUGAGGUAGUUUAUUGUGUAGAAACGCGAGUAGACGUGUUUUCUAACAAGUUGAUAACGACUAGCUACGUUGACUAGCUAGUGUCACGUGAUUACGAGUCAGGUCUGAGGAACAGGAGGCGUGCGAUUGGUCGAUCAGUAAACUCCGCCCUUAUCGACUGAGACACAGUGAAGUUUUAAUGUUCUCGUUUUGAAUGUUGCGAUAUAACACUAAUGCACACGCACCUCAAGGGUAUAUAUACAUAUAUAUUCAUGACGAGUACCUCAACGCCACGUCUGUUAUAAAUGUGUGCGUCCGGGUUCUGUUUAUGAACAUGGAGAACGUUUAUAAGCGUCAUUUUGUUUUUGCAAAAAAAUAUAUAAUUGUGAAUAACUGGUUUUACCAUCUUAAAGAAGCGUAAUAUUUGGGCAGGUGUGGCGUCUGCUCUGUUGUCUCCAGUGAGCACAUAGCAUUGGAUUUUAUAACGUACGUCUCCAAACAGGAAGUCCUCUGGCACUCGGGGUGAACAUGCCAGGCAGGGAGAGCUUUUAAUCAUUUACACAAAGAGAUCUGAAAUCUGUUUCACCUAAAAAACGAAGGAAAAAAACCUCCGAUCCAAACAAAGCGUAACCGACGUGUUGGAGAAAACCAGCAUGAGUGUUGAUUUGAAUCAUUGUAGAAUGAAUGCAAUUUCUUUUAAUCAGUAAAUAAAAGUGAUUAAGAAACAA